GUCAAUGUUCAAAACAGCAACAGAAACAUGAGCAGUCCUUUGUUCUAUGAACUGAAGAAGCAAGCCUCUUCCUUCUUGAAAGAGAAGAUCAAAACUGCACGCCUAGCGCUGACUGAUGUAACACCUGCAGAGAUAAUGACAGAAGAAGCUACAGAUGAAAAUUCAUGGCCACCAGACACACGUACCAUUGGGGUAAUAUCCAGGGCUGCCUUCGAGGUUGAUGAUUACUGUAGGAUUGUGGAGAUUCUGCAUAGGAGGUUGUUGAACUUGGACAGAAAGAACUGGCGAGGCUCUUACAAGGCUCUAAUUCUGUUGGAAUACCUUCUAAGCCAUGGACCAUUGAGACUUGCUGAGGAGUUUGAGGAUGAUAUCGAUGUUAUCAAGCAGAUGGGAAGGUUUCAGCAUAUUGAUGAGAAAGGGUUUGACUGGGGCUUGAGUGUGAGGAAGUUAUCUGAUAGAGUGCUCAAGCUUCUUGGAGACACUGUAUUUCUCAAAGAAGAGAGAGCCAGAGCUCGCAAUCUUACUCGUGGUAUACAAGGGUUUGGGAGCUUCAACCAGCACCAUUCUUCCUUCACAGAUUCAAGCUUGAAGGAGCUCUAUCCUAAAACGUAUGAGAGGAGUAAUUCACACUACAAUGAUCAUCAGAGUCGGGAAGAUAAGUCGUUUGACUUGAAUGGGCAUUUGUUGGUGAAGAAACAACUGCAAAUUGGUGAUCAAGACAUCAUCUCAUUGAAACCUGAAAUGAAUCUCGACACAGGGGAUCACCCAUUUUGCAAGAAUGAGCAUCAGAAGGAAGAAUCCCUUCUUUCUUCUGAAGAAUAAAUCAUGAGAUAUAUCAACUAGUUCGCUACAAGCCAUUAUAGAGUAGCUCAAUGGCAGACUUCAUGUUGUUUGUGAUGAACCCAGUUUUCAUGUUUCUGAUGUACAGUUUGGAUACAUAUACAAUGAUAAACAUAAACAUUAUCUUCACCAAAUACAAUUCUCCUACAUAUCGGGUUUCUGAGCC